GGCAGUUCAAUCCGAACUCAUAGUUGAUCUUCGCCACAAGAAUUGCUUUGUUGAGUCUCAAAUAUCCUGAUUCCCGCUAUGGCUCUGCUUCACUCUUCGUCUCAUUUCUCAACGGUUCGAUGUACUCGUUCGCCUCAUCGUAUCUCUGCAAUCCCACGCCACCAAUACUGCAACGUAAGGUCCUGUCUGCCAUUGCCGGUGCAGAAUGCGAAGUAUCGGAAGGAGCUCGAAGCAGCUGUCGAUGUGGUGCAGAGAGCUUGUCGUCUAUGCGUUGACGUGAAAUCGUCACUUCUAUCCGCUGAUGGACAGAUUCUGGAAAAAAACGAUCAGACUCCUGUUACUGUUGCCGAUUUUGGAGUUCAGGCGCUUGUAAGUUUGGAGUUGGGUACUUUAUUUCCAUCGAUUCCAUUAGUAGCUGAGGAGGACUCUACAUUUUUACGUGCAAAGAAUUUGGCACAUUCUGUACUGACAGUAGUUACUGAGAAGUCAAGUUCCCAAAAUGAGUUGAUGCAGGAUGAUGUGCUGGAAGCAAUUGACAGGGGAGCGAAUGUUGCAUUUGCUUUCGGAAGUAAGCCAGCCACAUAUUGGGUAUUGGAUCCAAUUGAUGGUACACGGGGAUUUCUUAGAGGGAAUGAUGUCUUAUAUGUGGUAGGUCUGGCUCUUGUGGUUAAAGGAGAGAUUGUAUUAGGUGUUAUGGGAUGCCCCAACUGGCACAGAGAUUUGUCUGAUGAGUCGAACUCUGAAGAUUUUGAAAGUGGUGGUGUCUGGUCCAGGUCAGGAGCCAUAAUGAUUGCUCAUUCUGGAUAUGGAACAUGGACAAGGAGAUUAUUAGAUAUGCAAAGCCCAAACAAAGUGUUUCAUAAUUGGACUAGAUGUUUUGUUGAUGAAUACUGCCUUGUACACGAGGCUCGCUUCUGUAUCCCAGAUAGUCAGAUGUGGGAAUCGCUUCCCCCGUCAACUUCUUUGCAGGCAACAACUAAUGCCGAUCAAGUUGGGAAUGGUCAAAUUCUUCUCCUUCGAACAUGUUGUGGAAGUUUGUGCAAGUAUUUCAUGGUGGCUGCUGGUAGGGCAUCUGUUUUCAUUCUUCGAGCAAAAUCUCAAACUAUUGUCAAGACUUGGGAUCAUGCAGCUGGCAUGAUUUGUGUGCAUGAAGCCGGUGGGAAGGUGACUGACUGGAAAGGCAGUGACAUUGAUCUUGCUGCUGAUCAAGCUGGCCGUAGGAUUUUAUCCCCUUCAGGUGGCGUUCUUGUCACUAAUGGUCGCCUACAUGAUCUUAUAAUUGAGAUGACUGCAUCCACUUCAUCAAUUAUUUGAUGCUGAGACUACCUAUCAUGGCUAUCACCUAAAUUUGAUCUGCUUUUGGAGAUCAGCAGUGGAAAGGAUCUGGGGGACGUUAAUUACGGUAAAGUACUGAGCUUAUCUUCAAUAAUGUGAAUGGUUGACCAAUUAAACGACUACAUUUAUUAUUUCAAUCCCUUAAGUUCAAUUAUUAGGCUACCACAACCUUGGAUUUUUGUUGCGAUUUCAGUAUUACAUUAUUGUGCACGCCGUGAACAUAAUGCCCUAGGUUAGAAUUCUAGGCAAAAUGUCAAUAUGGCUAUAAACAUAGGCUCCAACCUAGUUAUAGAUUUACCACGGGAAAGUUAUUUUAGUCCUUUUUGGGUUUUACACCAAUCCACUUUCAAAUGAUCCUGUCCUGUAAAAUCUGGCCACCUGGGCUUGUUUAUUCCAAUGAAGACGAUUCUCGUACCCCACCUGCACAAACUGAAGAUAUUUGGGACUUCCUCCUCUGUCAUAGGAGUUCAAGGGGGAACAAACUUGUUUUGUUGCUUUUUGUCCCCUCUCCUCCCAUAUUGAUCAAAUAAUAAUGGUUUUCAAUUCCAUCUUGUUUCCAAACUUCCAACUACGGGCGCAAAUAGGUUUGCAUCCUUUUAGGAAAAAGAGUAAGCACGAAAAUUGGUGUGACCAGUUUAGAAAUUGAGUACAAAGGUAACUAAAUCAAUCCGGAGUGACCAAAAUGGAGUUGAUUAAAAUCAAUUUUUGAACUUUUGUAAGAUGGAAAUGAACCACCUGUUUGAAUAGAUCCUCUUAGCUCUUCCUAUCAAUCUGUUAUAUUUAGGACGCAUAGAAUCUAUAAAAGAUAUAAUUCAAAAGAGAACAGAUUAUAGAUUUGAGAGCGAAAAUGAACCUAAUAAUUUAAUAGUAACUCGCAUGUAUGUAUUGUAUUCUUGAGGUUAGAGGUUCAAUUUUCAUGUCUAUUCUUUUUUAUAUGAAAAGUGGCCCUAAUUCCUAAAUUACGCAAUUCUGCUAAACAAAUCUGAUGGAGACAAAAAGGCACACCCACCACUACGCGAUGUUUGUUGAAACUUGAAAGAUUGAAGUGCCGAAGAAAUAAACUAUCAAGCAUCUGUUUCUGUUACUCUUCCAAUUGUCUUAUUUGCCCUCCUUUCAAUUAUAAACACGUAGCAAUUAUUUUUAGAAAGCAAUCUCCAAAGCACGUAUUUUGGACAAGUUAUAAACCUAAUUGGCUAGAAGCCUAGAAUACGCAUGGCCCUGUGGACUAUUAAUCUUUAUUAGCAUUCCAAGGAUCCAAUUAUAAUAAUUAUAGAAGAAAACAAAGAAAAAAAAAAAAAACCCUUUCCCGUAUCCUUGUAUUAAUGGAUAUAAGAUUUGCUACCACGAGAAUUAUGGCCGUCUCCAUAAAAUUGAUCCCGAUGACUUGGAUUAUGGUCAUUGCCCUAUAUGUACCAUCGUUCACAUGGGUGUUCAAAUUAGGAUUUGUGUAAUUUGGCCACAAUAACUUUAUUUAUAUAUAGUUUUAUUCGUUUAAUUAAAA